CUAUAAAAGGUAACCACGUAAACCGUAUGUUAGAAGUACCUAUACAUUAUAGAGUGUAUACAGACGGCUGGCUUUCUCUGAAUUACCCUCAAGGCAUUGUGUACGUUCAAAGAAGCAGGAAGGAAAAAACAUAACGCUUGAUUGGUUAUUCAUUUUGAAGAUAUCCACCUAUAUAGGUGGAAAAACUUACUAAUAUAACAAAGGAGCUGACGGGUGUGAUUUUAUCUAGGACUGUUUCAUUCAAUACUUUCCAAAGAUGCAAGCGGGAACAAAUCGAGUACAGAAAGUUGGCAUUGCCUAUGAAGUGGAGAAAAAGAUGGAACAAAAUUAUGACCGCGAGGAGGCAGCUGGAACACCCAAGGCUGUCAAGGAGUGGAUGAAUGCCAUAUGCCAGGGAGAACAUGAUCCUAUUCCCAUAGACGCGGACUGGAAAGCUUUCAACACACACUUAAGAGACGGUGUUAUGAUAUGCAAAUUGAUAAACAAGUUGUUGAAAGCUGAUGGUAAAAGCCCGAUACAGUUCCAGAAGAAAGUAAUGUCACCAUUUGUUGCAAUGACAAAUAUCGAGAACUUUAAUAAUGGAUGUGUGAACUAUGGUUUGGCUAAAGAAUUUACCUUCCAAUCAGGAGAUUUAUGGGAGUUAAGAAAAGGCGGAUUCUUCAAUGUAUUAAAUUGUCUCCACAGCUUAGGGUUUGUUGCUAACGAGAAAAAAAUUAAACCAACAUACACUGGGGAAAUACAGAAGACUAUUGACAGAACAUAAGUCAGGCAAACUCAAAUGGCUAUAUGCCAGCGUACACUGGGGAAAUAUCAAAGACCGUUGACAGGGAAUAAGUCACGUGCCUAUUUGAUCAUGUGAACUUCAUUUUUCACGUGACAUCAUCAUUUAUUGUUCAACUUCAUUGUUAACGCAUUAAAUAUUUAAGUGAAUUUAUAAGAGGACAGAUUCUGCAGCAGACCAAGUGGUUUUUAAAUAUACAUCAACCAUUAAUCCCGGGAAAUAGUUGAUGUAUAAAGGUCUUUUCGAAAACAAGUGCACUUUUUUAAAAUUUCUGUCUUUCUUUGGUACCAAUAUCGGUAUAUUUUACGCGUAACUUUUUUCAAGAUGUAAACAAUUCUGUGAUGUUCUGUAUAGCAUUCAAAUGUGUUUCCCUAGAAGCCGCUGUUUCUAAAUUGCUCUCCUUCACUAGCUUUCUCUCUUUAUCAACCGAUCUGUCAUGUAAAUUGAAUUGCUUAUAAAAAUAAAUUAUUCAUUUCGUUA